AUGGACCCAUCAAGAAUCUCCCUCCGUCAAUUCCACCUCCCCGACGUCGACGACUUCCUAAAAUGGGCAAGCGACGAAAAAGUUACUCGUUAUCUCAGAUGGAACACCAUCACUUCCAGGGAAGAGGCCUUGUCGUAUCUCCAGAAAGUUGCUAUACCCCAAACUUAUCGUCGCUCCAUUUGUUUAGACGAUCGUUCCAUCGGAUACGUUUCGAUCAAGCCAGGAUCCGGCAAUGAUAAAAGCAGAGCUCGCCUUGGGUAUGCAGUGAGUGCAGAGUACUGGGGACAAGGGAUUGCUACAGCUACGUUGAAUAUGGCGGUUGCCAAUGCCUUCACAGAGUUCCAAGGCCUCGUAAGGGUUGAAGCUUUGGUAGAGGUAGAAAAUGUAGGGUCUCAAAGGGUGUUGGAGAAGGUUGGGUUCUUGAAAUAAGGCCUGCUAAGGAAGUAUGGGUUUUGUAAAGGAGAAAUCAGAGAUAUGAAUGUCUAUAGCAUCUUAUCCACAGAUAUGAUCAAGUGAUGUUUAUAGGCUUUCAUAAUUUUUUUGUGUUUUUUUUUAUAUUAUAUUUUGUAUCAUGUUUUAUUUAAUUUUUUCAAAUCAUAUUUAUUAAAUCUCCAAAUCUAUUUGAGUUUGGGAAAAAA